AUGAAAUCUCUCUUCAGAAUCUACGACAGGCUACUUCAAACGCAUCCGGCCAAAACGCAAAUCCUAACCACAGCCACCGUGAUGCUCUCAAGCGACCUGAUGACCCAGAAGCUCGUGGAACGGAGGGACAGCAUCGACGCCCAGCGAGCCGUCAGGUUCUUCCUCGUGGGACUCGCGUACAGCGGACCGACUCAACGCACCUGGUUAAUCCUGGUGGACAAGCGCCUCGUGCGGAGCACCGGACCCAUAGCCACGGUCAAGAAAGUGGUCCUGGGUCAGCUCGUAUUUUCUCCGGUUUCCGUGUUCGGUUUCCUUGUGUUUCUGGGUGUCCUCCAGGGAAGGACUAGGGUGGACAUCGAACGGAACAUCCGCGAAAAGUACUCUACCAUCAUGAAGACCUUCUACAAGCUCUGGCCGGUGGCACAGGUCAUCAACUUUCAAUACGUACCGCCACCGUACCGUCUCUUGUACAUGAAUUGUGUAAGUUUGGUCUGGCACACGUACAUGUCUUGGAAGGCGAACCGCUUUAACCCUCACGAACUGUAG